AUGACAGUCUCACUCCCAUCUUCACUGCCACCAGCAACCCUUUAUCCUAAAGUCCUUCCUCAUCUCCUCUCCCAGUUAACUCAUUCAUCUCCAUUUUCCACGACUCUUCCGCUCUUACGAACUACACUCCACAUCCUAGCUUCACUGCGACUGACAGAUUCAACUGUCUCUCAAGCUCAAUCAACUGUUCCUCUUCAAUCACUUCUUGAAUUCUCAACUUCCCAUCCUGGUUUACUCAAAGUCCCAAUACUUUUAGAUGGAAUUAUAUCUUAUCCACUUCACAUCCGAACGAUAAAUCAGAUCUUGAACUUUGCUUUUGAUGAAAACCCAGAUUUGAUUGAAAUCUUCAGAAUUGAAAUCUUACCCUCAUUGAUCAAUCGACUGAAGUCGACUUCUUCAACAGCUAGUACCCACGAUCAUGGUCGAAUCGAUGAAAUCAGUAAAAGUGUUACAAUCUUUUUAUCUGUUAUUAGAUCACACGAUGAGUUAUUAGCAUUAGCUUUAGAAGAUUCAGAAGAUGUUCUCACCUCACUCUCGAUCGCGUACACCUCGAUUGGAAACAAAGAGCCAAAGACGAAAUCUGAUAUUUUGAUGAUAUGCAAAGAAUUACUGGAUAGAGUUGAAGGUCACAAUGCAAGUGAAGAAGCUAUGAUCAAAUUCAUGGGCCAUCCCUUAUCCACAUCUGAAGAACAGGAUGAGGUUUUGCAAAGGGGCUCGUUAAGGGAUGAUUGGGAAUCAUUGUUUGAAAAAGGCGAAACCGUAGGAAUAGAUAUAAAAGAAGACCUGGAGCGACGAAGAGAUGAUCAAGCUAAAUCAGACUUGCGUGUUCAAUCACUCUUACAACUUUUCCCAUCUCUCCCACCACAUCUCCUCCUUUCCGCACUCUCUCAUCCUACUUUCUCAGCUAUACCAGAAGGAAGUCGAGCUACACCAUCCGAACAAGCUGCCCCGUUACUCGAAACCAUCUUCAACAAAGGCGAAGGUUUACCAAACGAAUUAGACGAAUUGAAGAUUGCCAUUCAAAGUUUGUCUCAAGGGGAUCAUGCUCCAUCUGGUCCAACCGCUGUUGUCAAUGGAAAUGGUGAGAAGAAGAACAAAUUCGAAAGAAGUAACAUAUUCAACGAUGAAUUGGAUAUCAGUAAAUUGAGACUGAAAGAUGAUGAAUCAUCAUUACCAACUCUGUCAAACACCAUACCUGAUACUUUACGAGCAUCGAUUAUGCGCUUAGUCGAGAAUCAAGCUGCGGAAGAAGAAGAACGUAGACUAGCUUUGAAGGAGGCGAAUUUGUUGGAUGAUGAAGACGACUAUGAAGAAGGUGAUGAUGGCCUUAUAUCUAGAGUCAGAGUUGGAGGUGGGACAGGAGAUGGCGAAACCGAUGAGCUGGAUGAGGAAGAUGGCAUCAAAAUAUCUCGUGAGCAUUCCGGAGCAGCAACGCCUUCGGGACCGUCGGAUAGGCAAAGACUCGAUAUACUGCGUACCACUUAUAUAACAAAUCCGAAAGUAUUCGAGAGAGAUGGAAACACCAGAAGAUCAGUGGAAAGAAAGAGACUGAGAGAGAUCACAGCUUGGGAUGAUGGUCAGAUCGAAGGUUGGAGAAUCAUGCUGGAAAGAGAUCCUCACAAAGAUGAUAUACUCGCUGCUCAUCAAGAGAGAUUGACGAGAAACAGAACUGAUUCACCAGCUCGUCAAAAUCAAGGCGAUAAUCACAAUGAAGGUUCGUCAAGAGGAGGUCGGGGUGGUGGUGGAAGAGGUGGCCAGAGAGGCAGCGGCGGUGGUGGAAGGGGCGGUCAAAGAGGUGGCGGUGGUGGAAGAGGAAGUAGUAAGUCUAGUAGAGGACAUUCGAAUGCUGCUAGAACGAGAGGGCAUGAUAAGAAGAUGGGAAAGAUGGGCGCUAUCUAG